CCAAAAUGGCGGCAGGAUUGAAAAGUUUUAUGUUGUUUUUGUCCCAGUUUGUAAUCCAGUUUUAGGAUGACCGGGGUUAUUUCUAAACGAAAUUGGUGUCAAUUGUACCUCUUUGUUUAAGUAGUUUGUACCGUAGUAUAGAAGAGAUUUUUCUGACGAGCCUGGACUACAAAAUCAAACCAUUUUCAACCGGGGGAUGCCUAAGCUCUAGUUUACAUUGGGAAAGUGCCACCAUUUGUGGCUGAAGCAGGCAAACUGAUGUCAUCAAGCUCGGAGACCCCGUCCGAUUUCUCAGCUCUAUAAACAUGAAGAGCAUUCCCAUAUAGACAUGGAGGAUGAUGUUAAGAAAGUAAAAAAGCCUGGUCGCCCGUCUCCGUUCAAGCGUGUCUUCCUGAAGGGGGAGAAAGGGAGGGACAAAAAGGCCCAGGAGAAGUCGUCGGAGCGGCGGGCCCUGCACACCUUCUCCCUGUCUCUCCCCGACCACCGCAUCGACCCUGACAUCCUGCUCAAUGAUUACAUUGAGAAAGAAGUCAAGUAUCUGGGGCAGCUGACGUCGGUCCCUGGGUAUCUGAAUCCUUCCAGUCGUACAGACGUGCUGCAGCUGAUAGACAACGCCAGGAAGUCGCACCAGUUGGCAGGGCAUCUGACUUCUGAACAGGAUGCGGUGGUGAGCCUGUCUGCGUACAACGUGAAGCUGAUGCGGCGCGACGGAGAGGACAUCAUCCUGCGCGUGCCCAUCCACGACAUCGCCGCCGUCUCCUACAUCAGGGACGACUCGCUGCAUCUUGUGGUGCUCAAGACUGCCCAGGACGCGGGCGGCUCCCCCUGUCCCAGCACGUGCCCGGAGCUGUCCAAGUCCCCCACGCUGAGCUCGCUGUCGGAGAGCGGUGCUGUACUGGUGGAGGCCUGCUCACUACUUGUCCUCGCCGCAGACAACAAGGCAGCUGCUGAAGAAUUGUGCCUGCUCCUCAGCCAGGUCUUCCAGAUCGUCUACACCGAGUCCACCAUCGACUUCCUGGACAGGGCCAUCUUUGACGGAGCGACCACUCCCACCCGCCACCAUUCCCUCUACAGUGAUGAUUCUGGGAAGGAUGUCAAGGAGGCCUUCGAGGCAGAAGCCAGUACCUUUUCAUUUCAGAGUUCUCUGGAGGCGGGCGGACACUCACCAUGCCCCUCCCCGUCCUCCACUCCGGCGUCGCCGCAGACCAAAACGGCCAGUGACAGCGAGCUCAGCACCACCGCCACGGAGCUCCUGCAGGACUACAUGACUACGCUGAGGACGAAGCUCUCCUCGCAGGAGAUCCAGCAGUUUGCCACUUUGCUGCACGAGUACCGCAACGGCGCCUCGAUCCACGAGUUCUGCAUUAACCUCAGGCAGCUGUACGGAGACAGCAGAAAGUUCCUCCUCCUUGGCCUGCGUCCGUUCAUCCCCGAAAAGGACAACCAGCACUUUGAGAACUUCCUGGAGACCAUUGGUGUGAAGGACGGGCGCGGCAUCAUCACCGACAGCUUCGGACGCUACCGCCGCACGGCCAGCUUGGCCUCCGACUCCACCACCAACGGCAACGGGGCCGCGGGCGGCUCAGACGAGGGCCCAGCGCCCUCCGAGGGCGACGAGUGGGACCGCAUGAUCUCGGACAUCAGCAACGACAUCGAGGCGCUCGGCUGUCAAAUGGACCAGGACGGGACGGGGCCCUGACGGAAAGUUCCGGAAAGGGAACCACGGGACUUUAGGGGGUGGGUAGCACACACACACACACACACACACACACACACACACCUAGGGGCAGUAACCCUACAAUCUUAACUGACCCAGUGAUGGUGUGAUCCACCCCCUCCUUCCCCUUGUCCAAUCACAACCAUGCUGGAGCUCGUACUGUGUGGUGGAGAUGCUGUCCUGUGGCAGGUUGGGUCUUGGCUGGCUCGCCAGGUUUCUUGUUGUUGUUGUUGUUGUUGUUGUUGUUAAGCUCAGGCCACCACACACAGCAUCUCUACCGAAUUUGCUGUCAUUCAAAUUGGAUGACCCCCAUGUUUGUUGAAGAACCUGAGGUGCGUUCAAAUUCGCAAACAUAGGCGAACCUUCGAGGUGAACAUGUUUUCUUUGAACUGUUAAAUUUGAACAAUUUGGUGUUAACAUUCCAUUCUAACAGUAAUUGCAUUGUUGCGUUCAUCAAACUCACGUCUCUUCUACUGUAUGUUCGCGGCGCACCACCUCCUCCUCCUCUGUUUGCGAUUGUUAGCAAACGUUUGCCAAAAACUCAAGGCUAACGGAAUACUGUUUGCAAACUUUCGCAAACGUUCCGCUAUGUUCGCCUAAGUUCGGUGAACUUGAACGCACCUCUUGUCUACUAUAGUGAGGAUGGCCCUUCCAACUCCUCACUUGUGUUUUAUUGGCAGUAUCUGCUAGCGGGCCAGGACCUUGUUUCCCUGAUCAUUUUUUACCCUCGAGAAGUCAAAACCUUUUCUGUAGCCAUGUAACACAGUGUUAUGAAUGAAGUUGUAAUGUGAUUUUUAUUGUUCAUUUCACAGUGUAGCUAUGUUAGUGAGGAAGAAAAAAGGUUUAUUUUUAUCCAUUUUAUUUUGUAUUUUAACCGUGUGUAUGUUGCUCUUAUUUUUUGUUUUAACAUUAUGUUUAAAGGGAAACUCAAGGCUAACAACAAUCUAGGGUCUAUUUUAGGAUGAUUAAGAGUGUAAACCUUUGAGACCAAAGCAACAUCAAUCGGUGCAGUUUUGAAUACGAUCGGAAUACACAUUCAACAAAUAAAUAGUGUGGCUAGCGCCUACCACUUCUCAAAGGAGACAUGGUCUAGCAACCAGACGUUUAUUUUCUCGUAUUUGAAAAAAUGCCCAGAUCCGUUCAUUGGGCGCCACGGAUGUCUAUGAAAUGCGUCUGGACAUAGCUCAUUAUAGUCUUGCUUUCCCCCCUGUUCUGUGAUUGGUCCCCUAUCUCAGGCAAAAAUUAGGGCGGUAGGUUCCAGACUGCCUUAGCAGCGUGAAAUCACAGCGCAAGGCAGGAUGGGAGAACCCAGGCUAGUAUACAAUGGCUUUUGGGGGCAUCUUUGCUACAUCGCUUUGCUAGGGAUUAUUGGCUGUCUUUCAGCAGACACAGGGAAAAAUGCCUCUGCGCACAAUUGGAUAGACCUAACAAAUCAAAGCUAUGUAAUAUGUUAAUGUAGUAUGUUAAUACAGGCUAAUGCGACUGUAUGUGCUAUACAGUUAUAAAUACAUAUUACGGACUUAAUCAAAACUGCACCAAUGGAUGUUAUUUUGGACUUAAACGAAAAUGUACAGUCAAUUAUCACCCACAAGUAGAGAAGUUGUUGUCAGGCCGAAGGUUCCCUUUAACUUGGCGGUCAGAUCUGUGUGUAAGUUGUGUGUUGUUACAUGAAAAAUACUGAGGUAGCCCAGUCAUUUAGAACAUUUGAGGCGAGCGACAAAGCCAUUUUUUUUUUUGGCUGACUGAAACGGCAACGUUGGUUUUUACUAUUUGUUUUUUGCUAAAGUGGUGAUUCACCAUUGGCAAUAUUCAGCUAUCACAUUGUGCUUUCAAGGACUUUGAUUACUUGACAUUGUGCCUUUUUUUUAGUAACCCAUGGGUUGCAUCAUUUGAUGUGAAAAUCACUCUGUAACCUGUACAGAAUGUAUGUGACAGUAAUAAAUAUCUCUUGCAGUAAUACAGCAAAA